CAGACUACUGCUUGUCGACUGAUCGCGAGGGCUGCGUGUCCCGGGUCUCAUCCACGACAUGGCUUCCAGCCUGAAGUCAUCCAAGGAAUUGAUUGUUUUCUUAGGAAAAUCGAUGAUUGCUUUUGUGGAGCUUUUGAUUUUCACCAUCAUCCCCAAACCACGGAAGAAUGUUGCUGGUGAAAUCGUGCUCAUCACUGGAGCUGGGAGCGGACUGGGAAGGCUCUUGGCCCUCCGAUUUGCCCGCCUUGGAUCCGUGCUGGUUCUCUGGGAUAUCAACAAGGAGGGGAACGAGGAAACGUGCAGGAUGGUGCGGGAAGCUGGAGCCACGAGAGUUUAUGCCUACACUUGCGACUGCAGCCAAAAGGAAAACAUAUACAGAGUGGCCAAGCAGGUUAAAAAAGAAGUUGGCGAUGUCUCCAUCCUAAUCAACAAUGCCGGAGUCGUGACAGGCCAAAGUUUCCUCGACUGCCCAGAUGAGUUGAUAGAAAAGUCUUUCAAUGUGAAUUUUAAAGCACAUUUAUGGACUUACAAAUCCUUUCUUCCUGCUAUGAUCGCUAAUGAGCAUGGACAUUUGGUUUGCAUUUCAAGUAUGGCUGGAUUAAUUGGAGUGAAUAAACUGGCAGAUUACUGUGCAAGUAAAUUUGCAGCCAUUGGAUUUGCUGAAUCUGUAUUUAUGGAAAUAGUAGUCAAGAAACUAAAGGGGAUCAAAACCACUAUUGUGUGCCCAUUUUUUAUAAAAACUGGAAUGUUUGAAGGUUGUUCUACUGCCCAUCCUUUCCUGUUACCCCUUCUGGAACCAGACUAUGUAGCUGACAAGAUAGUAGAUGGCAUCCUGAAAGACAAAAUAUACUUAAAUGUGCCAAAGUUUAUAUCCUUCCUAUUGUUCUUAAAAAGUAUCUUGCCUACCAAGAUGACAGUGCUUAUGGCUGACUAUAUGGGCGCUUUUAAUAUGAUGGACACCUUUGUUGGCAAGAACAAGAAAAACUAAAGACCAACUCAAUGGCUGAUAGCCAGCAUUCC